AUGUUUCCUCCUUCUGAUAUUUCUCCAACAGUGGGAAAUCCUUUGGCUUUUCGGAUUUCGUCCUCAACGUGGUAUGUCGCUUUCCAAAACAUAUUCCGACCAUUUGAUAAUAUUGUAUAUCGUAAUAAUCUGAAAUCUUCGGUCAUCACCAACAUACUUUCACUAGAAAUGAAAAAAAGUACAAACAUCUCUAUGUACAGAUCCUUUCAACCAAAUUCGUCCAUUUAG